AUGAGCAGCACCUAUGGAACCCUUAGAGAUACACAAGCGAUGAAUGAAGGACAAGAAAGUCUUCGAUUGCUGGACAAUGAUCCGCUGGAGGAUCCGGAAGUGUCACCUCACACUGCUCAGUUUCUAGCAACAGAAUUGGAGGAACAUGAGGAACAGCACCAUGUCCUAGAAGGAAUUUCGAAAGCGGAAGCAAUAUCGGCGUCCUGGUCGCGAAAAUCGCUCGUCAUUGCUUAUUCUGGACUGUAUUUGACGUCGUUCAUUGUUUCUUUGGAACAACAGACAACUUUCUCCUUGCAACGGUUUGCAACCAGCAAUUUUGCUGCGCAUUCGAAUUUGGCGACUAUCAACUUAUUUGGUAAUAUAUUUCUUGCCGUCGCAAAACCGCCUAUGGUAAAAGCCGGUGAUGUGUUUGGAAGAACAGAAGCAUUGUUCGGCGCUGUGACGCUGUACCUAAUCAGUUACAUACUGUUGGCGAUCUCACAAAACUUUAGCCAGUUUAUGGUUGCUUCUAUGCUUUACAUGUGCGGCCAGACGGGCCUCUUCAUCAUGAAUCAGUUGAUUAUUGCCGAUACCUCUUCCCUCAUCAACCGCGGGCUACUUUCAGCAUUGCCCGACUUACCUUAUUUAUUUACUGUUUGGCUGGGACCCGCAAUUGCCCAGGCGUUGCAUCCAGAGAAAAACAACGGAUGGCGAUGGGGUUAUGGAAUGUGGGCGUUUAUUCUUCCACUCGCGUCCUUUCCUCUGUUGCUGUCACUUUACACGAACCAGCAAUUGGACGGAACGGGCAUAAUCUUGUUCCUCCUUGGCUUCUGUCUUGUCCUUUAUCCAUUGUCACGUUUCGGUCUUUCUACUGGGGUAUUUGGUAUCAGCAAGCACGAUCUUAUUCUUAUGUCUCUUGGAGUUGCCGGUGUGCUUCUACUGUUUUGGUACGAGUGUGUGUAUGCGGAGUACCCGAUUUUUGCCCUGCGUUCCUUAAUACACCCUACCAUUAUGGGUUCGUGUUUCCUUCUAUUUUUCUCCUUUGUGUCAUUUUAUCUUUUUCAGAACUUUCUCACUUCCUACCUGCAAGUUUCAUUGUACUAUGAUGUCGAUCGUGCUGGAAUUGCCAGCAAUAUAUAUUCCUUCUCAAGCACGACAACGGGAAUUCUUUCCGGACUCGUCAUGAAACGUCUUGGUCGUUACCGUGCACUGCUGUUUACCGGUAUUCCUCUUUACGCACUUGGUGUGCUGCUCAUGUAUGCACAGGGGUUCUUCUCUCCAAUUGCUCCGUAUGCUAUCUUCAUUGGACUUUUUAUGGCUGGACUGGGCGGCGGACUGAUGGUGAUUAGUGCUCAAGUGGCCGUACAAUCUGUCUCCGAGCAUUGUACUCUUGGUGCCAACCUCGCUCUGUAUCUGACCUUUUCAUCAAUUGGUGGGGCUUUUGGUUCUGCCCUUGCCAAAGGCAUGUGGACAAAGAACCUGUCGAAUGGAUUGCUGACGCUUCUUAACCCGUACCUUUCAACAGAUGAAAUCGACAAAAUCUUCCACGAUCUUCGAGUCGCUCUUUCGUACGUUCCUGGAACUCAUAUUCGCGAACUCAUCAAUACGGCCUUUGCUCAGGCACAACGAUUGCUUACCGGGUGGGCGGUCGUCACUACAUUGCUUAUGUUCGUUUCUGCCUCCUUCAUACAAGACAAGUCUCUCAGCCAACCUUCCCCCGAACUGCAUCCCGAGACAGCUCUGUCGCACCACAGCAGUCGCUGA